AUGGUGUUGCACAGCGUGCUCACGCUUGACGCCGGCAAGUUUGAUGCGGCAGCAAUACCCCCAGAAGCCGAUGCCUUCAACAAGAAACUCGUGGAAAUCAUGGCCACAGGGCCGAAGUGGUAUGAGGUGGGCGCUCAAAAAUACCGCGAGAUGCGAGCCGCUGGCGAGACCCCGUUGCCCAAAGCCGUAUACUUGGAUUCUGCAGAAUCAUUCACCAUCCCGUCCAGGGACGCCGGACGCACAAUCCCAUGCCGAAUAUUGAAACCUGAGAAUGGACAGCCCGCCCAGGCCAUCUUCCUACACAUCCACGGAGGCGGAUGGGUUCUGCAAGACGAGAAGUCCCAAGACCCGCCUCUCCAAACCAUCGCCGACAAUACUGCAUCCAUGGUCCUGUCGGUCGGCUACCGGUUGGCUCCGGAGCAUCCGUUCCCUGCUGGCCCGCACGACUGUUACGACGUUGCAGAAUGGCUGGUCGACCACGCCGAAACCGACUUCGGCCUUCCUUUGGCCUUUGUCGGUGGUGAAUCGGCUGGUGCCCACCUCAGCAUGCUUGUCACGCUGCACUUGUUACAGCAUGCGAAGGGCAAAUAUGCUGCCUUCUGCUUCAAAGGCCUCUUGCUGCAUUUCGGUUGUUAUUCAAUGGUGUGGACACCGAGCGUUUACAAUUUUCGGAAACCCGAGGUCCUGGUCCUGGAUCGGGAUCUGAUGGACCAUUUCAUCGCUGCUUUUUGCCCAGGGUUGUCGGAGGAGGAGAAGAGGCAUCCGUCGAUAAGUCCCCUGUAUGCCGAUCUGGAGCCUUUGCGUGGGAAACUUCCCCCGGCUCUGUUCACGUGUGGGACGGAGGACUGCUUGCUGGACGAUACUAUGUUUAUGAGCACAAAAUGGCUGAUGGCCGGCGCUGAGGCAAUUGUCAAGAUUAUCCCGGGGGCCCCGCAUGGCUAUAUUGGCUUCCCACGCAAUGUCAAGGGCAGCGGGUCAGACGAAGGAAUGGCUGCAGUUGAGGACUUCGUGCGAUCAAAGCUGGGUGCUUAG